AUGACAAGCUUCGCCAAAUCGGGAUUCUCGUACGCUGGCUACGCAGCUUUCCGCCCCAGCUAUCCACCAGCGCUGUUCCGCACUGUCCUCGGCUUCCACAAUGCCCACCGAACAGGCUCCCCGAACAAGACGUCAUCGCCCUCGCCCAGCGGCACGCUGCUCGACAUCGGCUGUGGCCAUGGCCUCAUCUCGCGGGAGCUGGCGCCGCACUUCGCAGCCGUGACCGCGAUCGACCCCAGCGCAGGCAUGGUGGCCAAGGCGCGCGAGCUGACGACCGACCCGAAGAUCAGCGUGCGGCAGGCCGGCGCAGAGGACCUGUCGUUCCUGGCAGACCGGUCGGUGGACAUGGCGGUGGCGGGCCAGGCGGCGCACUGGUUCGACUACAAGCGGGCGUGGCCGGAGCUGGCGCGCGUGGUCAAGAGCGGCGGGACGCUGGCGUUCUGGGGGUACAAGGACAACAUUCUCGUGGGCUACCCGCAGAUCAUACCCAUCUACUUCCGGUUCGUCUACGGUGGCGGGGAGGUCGCGCCGGGCAUCGAGGGCCUCGAGAGGUUCUGGGAGAAUCCCGGGCGGUCGAUCCUCAGGGACUCUCUGCAGGCGGUGGUGCCGCCCGAGGCGGACUGGGCGGAUGUGAAGCGCAUAGUCUGGGACCCGGACCGCGAGACAGGCUCGAUCGAGGAUGCGCCGGUGGAGGCGCUCUGGCAAAGAAAGACGCUCAAGCUGGGCGAGUUCGAGGGCUACUUGCGGACGUUCAGUUCGUUCAAUAACUGGAGGGCGGAGUACCCCGAGAAGAAGAGCCGGGCGGAAGGAGGAGAUGGCGAUCUCGUGGAUGUCAUGUUUGAUCGCUUCCUCGAUGCCGUGCCAGAGUGGAAGGCACUGGGAGACAAGUGGAGGGAAUUCGAGGUAGACUCAGUCUGGGGGACUGUCAUCCUGAUGGCCAGGAGAAGAUGA